UUUAUGCUGGGUUUUAUAUGUCUACUAAUGCCAGGGGAACAUUCUCAUGGUUCUACUACAGGUAGCCUAGCUACUUGGCUGAGUCUCCAAAUUAAAUUCUGGGGUAAUAGUUCCAUCUGGCGGCAAACUCUAAACUGCAGUCACUGGGUUCCAGCAUUCUUUUACUGGCCAGCGCAGCGCAUUUCCCCCAGCUAGCGUGGCAAACUAUCAUGAUCAUUAAUUGCCCCUGCUAGACCAUGUCUCCAAAAAGUGCUGAUUGGACAGUUAUUUGACAACAUAUGGAAGACAUGGGACAGACGAGACUACAGCUCAAAUGAAUACCAGUAAAGUAGCCAGUGGAUGAUGAAGGACCCUCAUAGUGGUUAACACUCUAAUAAGCAAGCAUACUGUCAUGGAGGGCAGCAGCACUGUUCUUCAGCUUUACAAACUAAUCAGAGAGAAAAAACAGAUAACUAAGUUUCUCCCAGUCAUUAACGGUACGGUCUCUGUGAAGAAUGGAAGGGCAGCUCUUAAGGGUAAAGCUUUGAUUAGUCCUGGCAUGAAGGAGGUGGGACCGUUGAUGAAUGAGCACAAGGACCUCCUUAAGACAAAUGAUGUCAGAAAUAAGGUGCUUGAGGAGCGGUUGGAUCCGCAUGUGGAUUGCAAAGCAAAGGCUUUGGGAAAUGUAAUGGGAAAUCAACAGGUAUGCAAGAAUUCAGACUUGGAAAGUGACCUUCGUAGUGGAGAGGAUCUGUGCUGCACCAGCAACCUGGAGAACAAGCUUGUUAUUUCUCCUAAAAGCCUGAGAAAAGCCUCCAGAGGGCAGAAACAGAAGAAAUUGUGGACAAUGAGAUCAAUGGAUGUAGAGAAGAGGAUGUACGUUAGUAAACAGAAACUAAGUUCAACUACUGAACAACCCUCACACAAAGUUUUAAAAGAUGAAAAGAGACAAUUUAAGCAUGAAGGUCCUGGGACACAGACUGAACUGAAAAAUAAUAUAGCCAAGGAUUCAAGGAGCUUUGAGGAAGAUCUGUCCAGUGAGCUCUCUGAGUAUGACAAUGUAUUUGAAAUUGACUCAGAUGGGACGGAAAAUCUUCAUGACCUGAUGAAGACUACUAAGAAAAGUCUUCAAGGGAAGUCAACAGACAUGAAUAAGCGUAUGGAGCAGCAGAAAGCAAUGUCCAGUAUGAAAGACAAGAUCUUUGAAGUUGAGAACCUUAUCCACCAGGUUUGCACCAGUUUAGACUGUUUAAAAGACAGCACACAUACCUUAACCACAGGUGCGUUUUUGCCUAUGGACAGUCAUGUACCCACAGAGCACAAGGAGAGUUUUCCUUUAGAGCUAUGUGAAGAACUUAAGCAAACAAAUAUUAAAUCAGGAAGGAAGAGUAAUUCUUUCACUUCUUCAGAUGUUGUCGCUACACUUUCAACAAGAUGCACAAAUCUGGACGCUGUGUCUCCACCAUUAUCCCGUCUAUCCUUACUUAGCUCCAGGCCUCUGCCGCAGUAUCGUAUUCUGCCGCUACCUAAAGAGGAUGCAGAGGACUACAACAGUAUUUAUCUAACACAAGAGGGAAAAUAUCUGUAUGGCAGCACAGAAAAGACCACAUAUAAUGGAUCUGAAUCAACAGUCAAUGAGCAGAGUGUCAGUUGGACCCCAUCCACUACACCAACCAUCCCCACCUCUCCAACUAUAGAGGAGAGUGAGAACAGGGUGCUUGCAGAGGAGAGGCCAUAUGAGCACAUUGGUAAUGUGUCCUUGUGCAACUCUGUUUCCAAAAACAAACGAAGUGCAGAAGAUGAGGUCAUCAGUACUCCACAUGUCUCUCUUGACCGUGACCACACUGCUGAGGUGAGUGAGGAGCACACUCCUAAGCGACUUCAGACUGUUUGGCCUCCACCAAAAUCCAAAGACGAAGAAGAAAAGAUUGGUCUAAAAUACACUGAAGCAGAGCAUCAGGCAGCUCUUCUGCAGCUAAAAAGGGAAUGUAAUGAAGAAGUGGAAAAGUUACAGGCUGACUUCAAACUUGAGCUCUUCCGGUUACAAAAGAAGAACGAAGAGGAUCUGUCCAGACUAGGGACAACCAUCGCCAGCUUACAAAGAGAGAGAGACAAAGAAAGAGGCAGAAAUCACAGAGAUGUUGCUGUGUCCACUGAAGACAACAUCAAGCCACGGGUCUUCCGCUCUGUGUGUAUUCAGACAGAAAGAGAGACAGUCAACAAGCCUGAGGAGGCCAAGGAAACCCAGAGCAGGGGUUUUGACCCCCUGCCUAAAAAUGCUGACCUCAACUCAACAAAAAACUUUACUGGCAAACUAAACGUUCCUCCUCCAGCUCCCCCACCUUUAUCACUUCAGUUACAGAUGGAUAGCAACAAUACUCCACUCCCUCCUCCUCCUCCUCCUCCUCCUCCAACAGGCCCUUGUACUCCUAAUGUACCUCCACUUCCUUCUCAGCCACUAGAGAGGCCAGGAAGUGUGCCUCCACCACCACCACCACCACCACCACCUGUCCUCCACUCUGCCCCCCCUCCCCCUCCUCCUGGAGCUGGUAUCUUCUCCAGUAAAGCGGCAGACAAUCCUACUCGCAAGCCAUCAGUGGAGCCGGUCCGUCCAAUGAAACCUCUGUACUGGACACGGAUACAGAUUCAAAAUAACAGGAACAAUAUGCUAUGGAGUUCCUUGGAAGAGCCAGAGAUAAUAAACACCAAUGAAUUUGCGGAACUGUUUGCAAAAGCCACAUCGCCCACCAAAAGAAAGCCCCUAUCUGAAGCCUAUGAGAAGAAAACCAAAGCCAGGAAGGUCAUUAAAUUACUGGAUGGCAAGCGCUCUCAGGCCGUGGGCAUCUUAAUCUCAAGUCUCCAUCUGGAGAUGAAGGACAUCCAGCAAGCUGUUUUGACGCUGGACAAUUCUGUGGUUGACUUGGAUGCUAUUGAAGCCCUGUAUGAAAAUAGAGCUCAGCCCGAGGAGUUAGAGAAGAUUAAGAAACACUAUGAAACCUCAGACGAGGAGCAGGUCAAACUACUGGACAAGCCUGAACAGUUCCUGUAUGAACUCUCCCAGAUCCCUGAGUUCUCCAGUCGAGUUCACUGUUUCAUUUUUCAGUCGAAGUUCACUGACGCCGUUGCCUCCAUACAGCGCAAGACCGAGAUUAUUCUUCACGUCUGCAAGUAUCUGUUGGAGAAAGACAGUGUGAAGGAGUUGAUAGGACUGGUGCUUGCUCUGGGAAACUACAUGAAUGGAGGCAGCAGAGCUCGAGGACAGGCUGACGGCUUCGGGCUUGAGAUUCUUCCUAAGCUUAAAGACGUCAAGAGCAGGGAAAAUCACAUUAGUCUGUUGGACUACAUUGUUUCCUACUAUCUGCGUCACCUUGAUAAGAACGCUGGGUCAGAAAAGAGCAUCUUUCCUUUGCCCGAACCUCAAGAUGUUUUCCUUUCCUCUCAAGUGAAGUUUGAUGACCUCUCAAAGGAUCUCAGGAAGCUAAACAGAGACCUGACAGUUUGUGAAAAGGAUGUCCUAACUGUGUGUACCAACUCAUCUCAUGAGCACGUACAUCCCUUCAAGGAGAAAAUGGACUUUUUCAUUGGCAACGCACAAAAAGAGCUAAUUACUGUAGAUCAUCAAGUGAUAUCGGCACGUAAAAGCUUCUCUGAGCUAGUGGAGUACUUUGGACUGAAGCCACGUUCUGGAGAGCCAGAGAUUUUGCCUGGCCAUGUUUUCACACUUUGGUUUGAAUUCUGCAAUGAUUUCAAGAUCAGGUGGAAGAGAGAGAACAAGGUCAUAUCCAAACAGAGAAUCAAAGAGGCCCAACAGUCAGUGCGCAACAUGACAGCCGAGAAAAAGAUUGAGACCAGAAGGGCACAUGCGAAUGGACUGAAAGAGAGACUGCGUCUGAAAGAAGCAAGUCUGACCACCAGCUAACCCCAUCUGCCAUUACCAAAGAGGACCAGAUACAUUUAUAUUUAAGCCCCUUUCACUUGCAUUUGUGGCAGGGUCAGAAUAAUGUGGACCUGUUUGUGUGACACUUUUCCUCAAGAUGACAACCUGUCAGUGUAGUGGAUCCCAUUCCUGUGUAUAACCCAACAACCAAUGGCUCACCAAAAAUUCCUUUGACCAUUUUUCAGAUAUGAAUGAAUGCUGCUCAAAAUGGGAAAUAUUUAAGAAAUGUUUAUAUUGUAAGUUAGCUCGAUAUGUUCUGGGAUUUUCACCAGUCUAAACAAUUAAGGGUUGAAAAAGCAGUCUCAACAUUCAACUUGGAAAAGGCAGUA